GAUUACUUUUAAAAUAAUCAUUACUUCGUGCUGAAAUUUAAAUACUAAUAGGUUUUUUUUGCUACUCUGAAUGACAAACUCUGUUAUCCUGCUGUAACCGAGCUACGAUGUCGGCCUACGAACGAAGGACGCGACUCUGUGCCUGCCUUGGGUCCAGCACAUGCAGCUGGUGUGUAAUGCUGCUGCUGCAACUAAGCGUGUGUUGGGGAUGUCUGCCAUCAGCUCAAAGGUCGCCGGCGGAUAAAUUGAACGAUAUCGUGGCGCAGGCGAUGCUGCAUCACCGACAGGACGACCGCAUCGUGCUACCGCAGUUGGCCUCGAGAGGUGUCGUGACGGACAUCGAGCCUGAGCGAGGUAUACCGGCCCCGGUUAGGGGAGGAUGUGACUUUUGAGUGCGAAGUCCCCGCCGGCAUCGACUGGUCCGAUGUGUCCUGGCUGCACCAGAACUAUGCCGUUUUUGAAGGCGGUGAACCCCUGCCGGCGGAGGACACCACCGGGGAGUCCUAUCAUUUCACCCGCGUUAACGACACGAUGAUUCUCGUCAUCCGCAAUGUCACCAUGCGGUCCGGCGGCUUCGUGCAGUGCGUCAUCGACCCCAGCACGACACGACCCAUUUGGUAUUCGACGCACCGCCACAUCCUGCAGCUCUUCCUGGUGCUGCCGCGAGUCACGCACCGCAGCGAGGUCUUCGCGGCGCCCGGUGCUCGGUACGUGAUCGCCACCGAAGGCGAGACCGUCACGCUGCAGUGUGGCAUCCGCCUGCCCAUAUCGGAACGUGUGCACAGGAGCCUGGAGAACCACGUGAUGUGGAUCCAUAAUGGCCGCAUCGUCCAAGGUCUCUGGGAAGGACCGUACGGGCUCCCGUGGUUCACCAGCGGACGCAUCGAAUCCGACCACAGCGAGUUCACCAACAGCCCCGGACAGCUGGGUUAUGCCAGAUUACACUUUCGGGCCGUUCAGCUGUCCGAUGGGGGAUACAUCCAGUGCUUGUUCCGACCGCACCAGGAUAUUCAUGAGUGGAUUGUGCAGAGCAUGACGCUGCUGGUGUUUCCUAAGAACACCACACAAUAGCCCCACGGUAUGCAUGUACGAUACCGGACCAAAACAGCGCAAAUUGCCAGCAGCCUACGUAACGUGCUGAAUCGUAGGUGACAAUGAAAGUGAAUGAACGAAUGCUCCGCCGGUAUUUUCUUAUGGUUAGUGCCCCGCAUGCAAAAUUCAUGACUAAUGUUCAAGUUCGGUGACUUCAUCGUUUUGCAUUACAAUUUCAUGUCAAUUUGUAACACAUGCACACCUGCUGCACUUAAUUAAACUAAAUAAAACAGUAUUCC